GUCACAGAGCGGUUAUACAAUCUGUGCCCUGACUUGAGCCUGCCAGAACUAAACCUUACCAUGUUCUGCCUUUAAGGGCUGCUUCACAACAAGCUGCCAGAAUGAUGAAAACCAAAUUCUCGAGGAGGAAAACGAAGGACUUCAAUCUCCCGAAAAUAAAUCAUGUGUGAAAGGAAGCCACAGUGAGAAAAUGGCUUCUCGCAAGUCGAAGACUGGCACCAAGAUAAAUGUUACAGAAGCAGCAGAGGAAUCCAGUCCAGUGGAUGAUUAUGUCACACCUGGGGGCUAUGAGCUGGAGAAAAUCCUCAACCGUGGGAGUGUGGCUUACACUCAUGUCAACGAGGUCUGGCCUAAUGUCUACGUUGGGGACGAGCAGACUGCAAAAGACAAGUACAACCUGAAGAGGUUGGGGAUUACGCACAUCUUGAACGCAGCAGAGGGGACGUGGAACAACGUGGACACCGGACCUGGUUACUACAGCGACAUGGACGUCGUCUACUACGGGGUGGUGGCAGAAGACGUCCCAGCCUUCGACCUCAGCCAGUAUUUCUUCUCUGCUGCCGGCUUCAUUCAGGAGACCCUGAAGAAUCCUCAGAAUAAGCUGCUGGUGCACUGCGUGAUGGGAAGGAGUCGGUCCGCCACGCUGUUCCUCGCCUACCUCAUGAUCUGUGAGAACAUGACGGUGGUCGACGCCAUCGAACACGUGAAGAAACGCAGACGCAUCAUCCCCAACUGGGGCUUCCUGAAACAGCUGAGAGAGCUGGACCAGAAGCUCCAGGAAAGGAAGGACUCGACAGAGGACAGCUGACCGCUCUGUUGGUUUCCUGUUCAAGCCGAUUCCCAGGAGAAAAGGUCAAGUCAUUGGUUUUAUGUUCAAGUCAAGUUACGAGUUCAAGUUUAACCUCAAGUCAUUAGAAGCAGGCUAGAUUCCAAGUCUAACAUGGCAUCAGCUCUAUCACAAAAAGUCUCACGUAACUCGAGACAAGUUCGAGUCAAGACUCAUUUUUUGACACAAGUGAAGUCUCAAGUGAUUUGAGGCUUGAGUUGACUUGAGACAUCGAAGUCAACCUCCAAGUAAUUCAAGACAAAUCCAAGUUGACCCUGGAGGCAUUUGAUUUGAGACGAGUUUAAGUCAACUGUCAAGCAGCUUAAGACAUGCUAGAGUCAAGGAUCCAGUCAUCUGAGACAAACCCAAGUCAAGCCUCGAGCCGAGUCAACUCUCAAAUCAGUAGACAAGUCAGAAUCAAGUCUUAAGUCAUUUGACACAAGUCCAAGUCAAGCAUCAAGUCUUCCAAGACAAGUCUAAAUAGUGCAAGUCCAAGGUCAGCUGUAAGUCAUUGGAGAAAAGUCCACGUCAAGGCUGAAGUAAUUUAAGACAAGUCCAAGUCCAGUACCAGGUCUAUAAGGUCAAGCCUCAGGUCAUGUCACACAAGUUUUAGUUUAAUCUCAAGUCAUGCAAGACAAGUCAAGUCUCAAGCUUCUACCACAGCAAGUCCCGAGGAACGUCACAUCAAGCAUGUGACACAAGCAACAACGGCAAAUGUCUCUGAGUGCCAAGUCCAAAUAACUGCAAGUCAAGAUGCAAGUACUGCCAUGAAAGCUGUGCAGCACUUUGGACAUUUGAACUGAGACUGUGAAUGCAAAGGCUUUCUAAUUAUCUAUUCACUGUGUGUGUGGCAUUGCAAGGCCCAUCUGCUGUUGUCCCACCUGACUGUGCUGUUGUGGGAUUCCAGCAGGUGAAACCUUGAGACGUCAGUGUUGUGAUGUGUAGUUUCAGCGAAAUCUCGAGUAAAUCGAGUCUCAAGAGCAGUCAAGCUGAAGUCAAGUUUGCUUAACGUGUACUUUUUAUUUUAAAAUACUUUUCUGCAGAGAAAACAGCUGCCUGGAUGAACAGAAACCUUCAGAACCUGUCGCUGCAUCGUGUGACACGCCUCAGGGCAGCAAACGCUUCAAAUUAAAGGAGAACAAUCAAGUA